AUGAUCGACAAGAACGGACAGAAGAAGCCGAGCAGCAGUCAGGGCCAACACGUCUCAGACACUGCUCGACAGGAAGGGGAGCGGCCCGAACAUAAUGAGGAUACUCAGAAAAACAUCGAAAAUGACGAUCAGGAAAGCUCCCCUAGACCAUUCACGGCGGAGGUGAUGAACUUCGUGCUACCCCGAAGGUUUACUCUGCCGACCACCCUAACUCCCUAUGAUGGGUUAGGUGAUCCGAAGAAAUACAUCAAAAAGUUCACCUCCAUAAUGAUAGUAAAUGGUGCAUCUGAUAAAGUUUUAUGUCGUUGUUUUUCAUCUUAUUUAGACGGUCCUGCACUUGAUUGGUUUUGUUCUUUGCUUGCAGAUUCUAUUUCUCGAUUCCGAGACAUAUCAAAACCCUUUGAGGAGCACUUUGCUGGAUCCGCCAUCUACCUCCAUGACUCCGAUUACCUGAACACAGUCAAGCAAGGCCAGCACGAAAGCCUCAAGGACUACAUGACGCGCUUCACAAAGAUAGCCAUAAGCAUACCCGACCUCCACCCCGAGGUAGAACUACACGCCAUAAAAAGUGGAUUAAGACCAGGAAAGUUCCAGGAAACUAUUGCUGUGGCCAAACCAAAAACUAUGGCCGAAUUCCGUGAAAAAGCUAAAGGACAGAUUGACAUCGAAGAGCUCCGACAAGCUCGGAAAAUAGAAAAGCCUCACUAUAAAGACGACGACAAGCCACGGGACAGCAGGAAGAAUUUCAAACCAAUCCCACGAUAUGAGACCUACACCAAAUUCAACACCAAGCGCGAUGACAUCAUCAAGGAGAUUUUGAAUUCGAAGUUAAUCAAGCCACCACGAAAAGCUGGUAAUUACCCAGAUUCAAAAGGCACUGACCGAUUAAAAUAUUGCUCUUUCCAUCAGAAGCACGGACACAAUACCGACGACUGCGUCAUCGCUAAAGACCUGCUGGAGUGUUUAGCUCGGCAAGGUCAUCUGGACAAAUUCAUCAUCGGCCAAAUGCAGCGGCGAGCACCUGCUCCAGGAGACCAAAGCUCGGCUACACAACAUAACCGAGACAGAGACCGACCGAACAAUAACCAUCCCGAACUACCAACACGUACAAUUAACUGUAUUUCCGGAGGUUUUGCAGGUGGAGGAGCCACAAGUUCGGCAAGGAAAAGAUCUUACCGAGCUAUCCUUUCCAUCAACGCCGACCAAAGUCAACAACAGUCGCCACCUACAUCUCCACAAAUAACAUUCCAGACAGCCGAUCAUGACAACAGCGUAACAAAUCUGGAUGAUCCAGUCGUAAUCUCCCUACAGCUCGGAGAUCUCCUCAUUAAAAAGGUGUUGCUCGACCCAGGCAGCAGCGCCGACGUUCUCUUUUACUCGACCUUCCAGAAAAUGAAACUGAGCGAUAACAUCAUCCGACCAUCCACUGGUGACUUGGUAGGAUUCUCAGGUGAGCGAGUCCCGGUUAUGGGCUCUGUGUGGUUACAAACCACACUCGGUAAGUUCCCUUUGUCAAAAACUUCAGACAUUCAAUACUUAGUUGUUGAUUGCUUCAGUCCCUAUAAUAUUAUACUUGGCCGACCUUUCUUAAAUAGGUUCGGCGCUAUAGUAUCUACAAUUCAUCUUUGCGUUAAGUUCCCUUUGCAGGACAACACAAUUGCAACCAUUCAUAGUGAUGCCCAAGAGGCCAGGGAGUGCUACAACAAUAGCCUCAAAAGACCUCACCGUAACACUAAAGCCCAGGUCCACAAUAUCGGCAACACAAACAACCAACACAUGCUGGCCGACCUUGAUCCUAGAGCAGGAACACUGGAAAGGCCGACUCCAACAGAAGACCUAGAUAAAAUCUAUUUCACAGAAAGCACGGAUAAGUUCACAUACGUCGGAUCAGCAUUAUCUCCAGAAGAAAAAUCUUCGUUCCGAGCAUUCUUACAACAAAAUGCCGACCUGUUUGCGUGGACCCCAGCUGAUAUGCCAGGCAUUGAUCCAUCCAUCAUAUCACACAAGUUAGCAUUGGAUCCAUCUAUCCGACCUGUAGCAUAG